ACGGUAGCCAAAGGCGACAGGAACACAGAAGGCAAAGGGCACAAGGAGAAGCUGGAGCUCGUGGCCAACUUCUCCUUCUUCGGCAAUGUCAUGUCCAUGGCCAGCGUGCAGCUGGCGGGCGCCAAGCGCGACGCGCUGCUGCUCAGCUUCAAGGACGCCAAGGUGACAGGGGACCAGGGGCGCGUGGCCGUGCGCCAGGGACACGUGCGCAUCGUGGCCAUCUCGCUGAACAUCAUGCAGAAGGUGCACCCCGUCAUCUGGUCCCUCAGCAACCUGCCCUUCGACUGCACGCAGGCGCUCGCCGUGCCCAAGCCCAUCGGCGGCGUGGUGAUCUUCGCCGUCAACUCGCUGCUCUACCUGAACCAGAGCGUGCCGCCCUACGGCGUGUCCCUCAACAGCCUCACGGCCGGCACCACCGUCUUCCCGCUGCGCUUCCAGGACAGCGUCAAGGUGACGCUGGACUGCGCCCAGGCCGCCUUCAUCUCCUACGACAAGAUGGUGAUUUCGCUGAAGGGCGGCGAGAUGUGA